GGAGGGAAGAGCUCCUAAAGGAGGAGAGCGUGACCCGAGAAAGAAUCUGUUCUUCCUGAAAGUAUGUAGGGAGGCAAUCUUGAGCUGCGGCAACACUCUCAGAAAACUGCAACUUGACGAAGGAGGCAGGUGCAAAAACUAAAGCUGCUUGUGUGAAUGAGUUUGUUUUGUUGUUGUUGCUGCUGAUAGUUGUAUCUGAGAGAGCAUGCAGGUGAUGGAGAACAAGUUGUCGGUGCGACGCUGCCUCACCUUCGUUACGGGCCUGGUGGAGUGUCUGUGCUUCGCCGGCGCCGUGUUCGGAUGGGCUUCUCUUGCCUUUGUCCUCAGGGAGGACGGCUACUUCAGCUCUCUGUGCUUUAACACAACAGGAGUCAAUGGCACUCAGACAUUAGACUGCAGUGCACAAGAUGAGCAGUUUUCACUUAUUUUCACCAUCACCUCUUUUAUGAACAACUUCCUCAUGCUGCCCAGUGGCUUCCUUUUUGAUCACUUUGGUACCACAGUGGCUCGACUCUUGGCAACAUUUCUUUACACCACUGGCUCCCUGAUGGUGGCGCUAUCUUCACCGGCUCUGCCUUUUCUGCUCUUCCCAGCUCUCCCCCUUUUGGCUGUGGGAGGCAUUUUAUUUCUGAUCACAAACAUGCAGGUUGGGAACCUGUUUGGCUCACGUCGCUCUACCAUAAUCAAUCUUUAUAAUGGAGCUUUUGAUUCUUCCUCAGCACUCUUCUUCGUCAUUAAGCUGUUGCAUGAGUCUGGCGUCUCUCUCCGCGCUGCCUUCCUGUUUCUGUCGGCCUGCAGCGUCGUCCACAUCCUCAGGACGUUCUUCCUGCUGCCCAGAACCGUCAUUCCUCACCCACUGCCUGAUCGCUACGUAUAUGGGGUCUCUUGUGGUGCAUUAGAGGCUAUGAACAGUGAGGUGCCUGCAAACGACACUGCACACACAGGAGCAGAGGGCACACUGUUUACAAAGGACGUCCCUCUCACACAAGGUUUGCAAUACGUCUGUCUCUGCUUUAGCUGCUGGUCCGUCUUCUCUGGGUUAAUUGAGUGUUUGUCCCUCUCAGAGAAGACUUUUCGAGAGUGUUUGCUGUCCAGGUUCUUUGUGGGCCACGUCCUCUGGCUGUCGGUGAUGCAGCUCCGGCACUUCCUGUUCAUUGGCACCCUGAACCCCAUACUGCUCAGGCUGACAGAAGGAGAUUCCGCUCUGGUGAGCCGGUACACCAACGCCUUUGCUUUCACCCAGCUGUGCGCUGUGCUGUGCGCUCCCUGGAACGGCCUCAUCAUGGACCGACACAGGGGAAAACCUCGGGCUGCAGGGGAGACGGAGCAUGAGGCCGACCUGCGGGCGUCUGUGCUUUCUUUAUUCCUGACGGCGCUGCAGUGCGUCUUGUUCUCCCUGUGCACCUCCGUCCCCUCCCUGCCGCUUCAGUACCUCACCUUCAUCCUGCAGGUGCUGAACCGCUCCUUCCUCUUCGGCGGCAUCGCAGCCUUCAUCAGCGUGGCGUUUCCGUCGUGUCACUUCGGGAAGCUGUACGGUCUUGGUAUGUCGCUGGCUGCGUUGUUUUGUCUGCUGCAGUAUCCCUGCUUCGCCCUGGUGAACGGCGCUCUGGGUGGAGAUCCUUUAUACGUGAACAUCAGCCUGACGCUGCUCAGCUUGCUGGCCUUCAUACAUCCCCUCUCUKUUUACCUCCACUGUCGAAAACUUGCCUCUCUGAGAGACAAGAGGAAAAACACAGAUUUCUCGUCCUGAAUCCCACUGACUGAUGGGACAGCAGUCAUGACUGUGCCAUUGUAGCAGUUGUGACAAACAGAUUCACUAUGCUGGGUUUGAAAAUAAACUAUGAGCAUAAGCUUUAA